UAGUAAUAGUAAAUUAGUAAUUCAUGAACAUCGAUUUCAUGAACAGAAAAUUGGAACCUUGGGAUUCUUCUCUUGCUCGUGGCUCGCAACGCAGGUGAUCGCUUCCUUCCCGCUAUGUAAGCGAAGAAUAUAGUGCUCAGUGAUUCCAAAUUCUCUCUAGUGUUGGGAGAAUGCAAGUGCUGGUGGAAUUUUUUGUUGUUGUUGAGCCGUAUCUUUGACUCUUGGGGAGUUGCAAUAAUGGAAGUUGAGGGAGGGAGUUCCUCAACAGUUGGAAGAGGAGGCCAAGCUUCCCAAUCAAUCUCAGCACGUUCAAGGCAAAAUAAUGCAUUCUAUCAGUUUACACAACAGAACCUUCCAGCUUGUAAGCCUGUCCUGACACCAGCAACAGUCAUUGCUACUUUUCUAUUGAUGAGUUGCAUUUUCAUUCCUGUUGGGCUUGUUACUCUUCGUGCUUCCUAUAAUGUUGUUGAAAUUGUGGAUAGGUAUGAUGUUGAAUGCGUGCCAGAAGAGUAUAGAAGUAACAAGGUUGCAUAUAUCAAAGAUGACUCAAUCUCCAAAAAAUGUUCACGAUUCUUAAAGGUACCUAAGCCAAUGAGAGCACCAAUUUAUAUCUAUUACCAGCUUGAUAAUUAUUACCAAAACCACCGACGGUAUGUCAAAAGUAGAAGUGAUCAGCAGCUCUUACAGGGACUUGGGUACAAUGGCACCAGUUCUUGUAAACCUGUAGAGUCCUUUGAUGACCAACCAAUUGUACCUUGUGGGUUAAUAGCAUGGAGUUUGUUCAAUGAUACAUAUGGCUUUAGUCGAGGGCCAUCAGAUUUGAAGGUCAACAGGAAGAAUAUUGCAUGGAAGAGUGAUCGUGAUCAUAAAUUUGGGAAGCAUGUUUACCCAUUCAAUUUUCAGAAUGGGACCUUGAUCGGUGGUGGAAAGCUGGAUCCACUCAUUCCUCUCAGUGAUCAAGAAGAUCUUAUAGUAUGGAUGCGCACUGCUGCUCUCCCUAGCUUCCGGAAGUUGUAUGGUAAAAUCGAAGAGGAUCUGGAUGCGGAUGAUGUUGUCGUAGUCCACCUAUUGAAUAACUAUAACACUUACAGUUUUGGUGGGAAAAAGAAGAUUGUUCUGUCAACAUCAAGCUGGCUGGGUGGGAAAAAUGACUUUCUUGGACUCGCAAAUCUUUUUGUUGGCUCCUUUUGUAUAUUGAUCUCCAUCAUCUUCUUGUUGCUUCAUGUGAAAAAUCCCAGGCCAUAUGGGGACCCAGCCUACUUAUCUUGGAGCAAGCAAGCAUUGCAAGCUGAUAUAUUCUAACGAUGAAUUAGUUAUACAUUUUUCCCCUUGAAAAAUAUUCUCUUUCGCUGAGGCUGAUCUUACAUGAUAGGCAUUCUUGUUACAUUAGCUGUUGUAUUUAAUUGUACAUGGUAAUGGCUAAGUAUGUAGCCCUUUGGGUUGACUGAAACGCAUUAGAAACAAAAACUCUCUUUUGCAGUACUUGUACUAUUCUCAGUAUUCUGGAUUCUCUCCAAUCAUCAAUAUUGUCGACCACAAUAAAAUAUAAAAUUUAUAUUAAGAUGUGGUAUUUGAGUCA